AUGAUUGAUGAUCACUGUUGAAUGGCGCAAGAUCUGAAGAACCAAGUUCCAGACUUUAGUAGCAAGCAGAGCUCUUGAGUUAAAAGAUUUUAGGGACGAACGACUUUGGAAUCACCGCUGUGUUAUAUAGCGAAGUCGCCCUAAGAUUGUCUCCUCGCAAUGGAGGACGCGUCCAAAGUCCGUUUAGAGGUAGGAGGCGAUGGUGUGGCGCUGCUCGUCAUCGACAAUCCGCCUGUCAACUCGCUCAGCGCGCAAGUGAUGGGCGAGCUGGCUGAAAAGUUCAUCGAAGCGCACGAGAGGGCUGAUGUUCAAGCUAUAGUCCUCACCGGAGCCAACAACAAGUUCUCUGGAGGAGCGGACAUAAAGUCAAUGAGCAAAGCACCGGGUUUGAUAUAUUCAUGUUUUCUCUCGAUUCAGCAACCAACCGGUGGAAUUGUAGGCGCUGUCAGGAAAACCGAGGUCUCUGGCUUGGUUCUUAUGAACGAUAUCAUAGAAGGCGGAUCAAAGCCAGCGGUGGCAGCGAUUCAUGGUUUUGCUCUCGGUGGAGGCUUGGAAUUGGCAAUGGCUUGUCACGCACGAGUAGCUUCUCCUGAUGCUCGGCUGGGACUCCCGGAACUUCAGCUAGGAAUUAUUCCCGGCUUAGGAGGCACUCAAAGGCUUCCUCGCCUUGUUGGAGUUGGAAAGGCCGUAGAGAUGAUGAUGACAUCAAAAAUGAUAAAGGCAAAGGAAGCACACGAAGCCGGGCUCGUGGAUGCGAUUUGCGAUUACCCGCAGCUAAUCCAGUUCGCGCGGAACUACGCUAAAGGCAUUGCCAACAAGACGCAUCCUUUUCUCAAAACCUUGGAAAGAAGUGAUAAGCUGGAGCCCCUGCAUAAAGCACUGCACAUCAUCGCCAACGCUAGACUGCGAGCCAAGAAGACGCAUAAGCAUGUUGAGUACCCGUUUAUCUGCCUCGCCGUGAUCGAGCACGGGAUCCACAAGGGUGGAAUUGAGGGAACGAUUUUUGAACGAAAGAUGGGAGUUCAGACCGUGGACAGCCUACCCGCGAAAGCUUUAAUGCAUAUCUUUCUUGCCGAGAGGACUGUGUAUAAGGUUCCAAAUGUGAGUGAUGGUCGACUUGAAGCUCGGCCUGUCAAAACCGUGGGUGUUAUAGGCGGUGGACUGAUGGGAUCGGGCAUCGCCACGGCUUUAAUUGUGCACAAUGUCCGUGUCCUGCUGAAAGAAGUUGACGAGGAACGCUUGCAAGCUGGUAUCAAUCGGGUCCAAGCCAACUUGAAGAGCCGGGUUUCCAAAGGCUCCAUGUCUCAAGCUGAGUUCCAGCGUGCACUUGGCCUUCUUGUAGGCACUGUAGACUACAAAGGAUUCGAGUCGGCGAAUCUCGUGAUAGAGGCGGUCAUAGAGAGUAUACCCUUGAAAAAGAAGAUUUUCGGAGAGCUCGACGCUAUCUGCUCUCGUGAUUGCAUCCUCGCAUCGAACACGUCCUCGUGUGACCUGAAUGAAAUCACCGACGGAGUUUCCUUCCGUGACCGUAUAAUCGGCGCGCAUUUCUUCAGUCCUGCUCAUGUCAUGCGACUGCUCGAAAUCGUCCGGACGGAUUCGACAUCACACCAGAGCAUUUGCGACCUCUUGGCAUUGUCGAAGAAAAUCGGAAAAGUACCCGUGGUGGUACAGAACGCGGUGGGAUUUGCCGUCAACCGCGUCUUUUUUCCAUAUCACAGGAUUGCGGCGUUUCUGGUGGACUUGGGCGUGCAUCCUUAUCGGAUAGAUGCUGUGAUCAAAGAUUUUGGCAUGCCAAUCGGUCCAUUCAGGCUGGGAGAUCUUGCUGGUCUGCAAAUUGGCGCAUUGGUCGCGGAUACUUUCGAGAAGGAAUUCGGGGACAGACUCUACCCGUCCUACAUGGGUACCUUGAUGGCAAAAGCUAACCGUACAGGUGAGGCUACUGGGAAAGGCUACUACAACUAUCAUGGAACACGCCAAGAACAUCCAGCGCCCGAGCUAGAUGAGAUUUUAGAAGAAUCACGAAAGCUUGCGGGGCUCAAUGCCAGAGGACUUACGGCCGAAGGCAUCACAGAUAAAGACAUCGUAGAGAUGAUCUUCUUUCCCAUUGUCAACGAGGCCUGCCGAGUGAUCGACGAGAAGAUUGUGAUUCGUGCUUCCGACCUUGAUGUUGCGUCAGUGCUGGGAAUGGGAUUCCCGGCAUUCAGGGGAGGAAUUGCUUUCUGGGGCCACACUGUUGGUCUCCACUACAUUCUCGUGAGGCUCCAGCAGUGGCACAGCCACUAUGGCUCGAUCUUCAGGCCAACUUCAUCACUUCACAAGCUAGCCGCGACCAAGUCGAUGAUGUUGGCUCACUUGUAGCUGCUCCAUCAGUUACUUGGCCUCGGGGUGGGGGAUGUCCGGAGGAAGCUCAGUCGCCACAAUGUUUGGAGGUUUCGGAACCGAGUCGUUUGCCGCAAGAAAGGCAUAGUCUUCGUGCCACACCUUGUGUGUGUCCUUGUCUUUGCUAACUCUGAUCAUCAUCUCGACCUCGUCGUGAGUGAAGCAGAUUCCAUGUUUGGUCAUUGCAUCCUGAAAGAAAGAGAAGACAUGAGAUUUUUGUUUAAACUUCUCACGUACGUAGAGAUCGUCUGGUUCAAUAUAAUCCUGUCCGGGAGGA